AUGUAUCCCUCUCUCAUUCUUCCAUGGUCUGACGCACCGUCAGAAGCAGAGACAGUUUACCGCCUUGCUGGGUACAGGAAGACGAAAGGAACAUUAUUCCUCAUACCUCCACCCCAAGAGUCGUUACGGGAAGCGUUCAAUGCGCCUCCGCGGCCCAAGACGCGAAUGUCCUCUGGGGCUGUGGCGCUGUGCAAACAUUUCGAGCGUGGAGGAGCCUCGUCCGAACACGGUCGACCACACACAUUCUGGACCUUGCCAGUGGGUAGCAAUGAGGGUAAGACAGAGAUGGCUAGUCACACACUUGACAAGAUGCUGGCAGAGGCUGUCUGGAAGAAUGUUAUGCUGCUCCACCCUGGCAUAGCUGUCUACGAGAUAAGAAAUCCGCUUGGAUAUGGAAUGAGGUGGACACUAGAACUUCGUGAAGUGGAAGGAGAAGGGAAUUCGGAAGACGUGCAAGCGCGACAAGACAGAAAAGGCGAAGUCAAGGAUAACCUUGUGAAAAGCUGGGAGAUCACAAAAACCAUCUUUCGAGGCUUCCUAGAGCCAAUCGCUGGCAUGGAUCACGAACUCGCAGCUGAAGAUGGCGGUGAAGCUGCAGCUUAA